UUCAAUGUUUGGGAGAACACAAUCACGUGUAGCAUUCACCACAUCGGCCACGUCUUCAAUCGAAGUGGACGGUUCUUGAGAAAAGGAAAUUCCUCUAACUGAACCGUGGUAUUUCAAGAAACUUGAAAAGGGACGAUGUUUUGUUAAGAUGCAGCCGUGUUGUUCAGAACAGUUUAGGAAAACAGCGAGAGAAGAAAGAUGUCGGCGCGCACGGCUUCUGCCCCGUCAACUACGUACGACAGCAGUCUGGAACAGGUGACCAUGGUCAGCGCCGCACCCAUGAAGAAGAGAAAGAAGAGCGAGAACAUGAUGUGGGAAGGGCCCAGGUCUGGCCGAGAAUGGUGGCGUUCUUGGUUAAAGGAGACCCCGGUGCCUGGGACGUACGAAACCCGCGACUUUCUCGAAGACCAGGAGCUGAACCCGGUGCCCAUCACCUACAACUUCAAGAACGAGGGGCGGAAAAAAGACGCUGACGUGCUAAGACGAGGAGACACCCUCCUUCCCGGUGCCUACAAUCUUAAAGACUUUCUGUACCCCAUGCAGAAGUCUCUGUACACCUACUCCUUCAAGAACUCUAACAGAGACAACAACAGGGUUCUCAUAGGGGUCAGGGAUAAGGACCACAGAGUUGCUCCAUGGGAGUAUGAGACGAGAUUCCCUCCUGUCCAGAAGUCUGGGUCAAAGCACUCGAUGUUCAGGUCCAGUAGCCAGAGGGUCCCUAAGUAUUUCGUCCCGAAGGACGGCCCGGGCCCAGGGGAGUACGAGUACCGCCCGCCCUCCACAGCCAAGACGGUCACGUCAAGUUUCCGGUCCAGGACACCGAGAUUCCCUACCUCACAUACCAAGGUACCUGGACCUGGAUCGUACGAGUCGACCUACCAGUACCCGAAACAGCCCGGAACUGUGGCGAAGAUGGGACGGCAUCACGGACUCUUCUUCAACAAUAGUUUUGACGUCGUGGUCUAAAUAUUCCGGCAGCUAAAGUGAUAUAUUACUUACCAUACGGUACGGUAUAGCAAGCAGGUUGAAAAAAAGGAAAGCUAUUCUUUUUCAAUCUCCUUGUGUAUAGCAAAGACUUCACAAGCAGUGCCGGAAUGACUCUCAGUAUACAUAACGUACUAUAGUAACUUGUACGAAUUGAAUCUCCUUGCUACAGCCAAGCCUUGGGACAUUUUGUACUACAUAUAGAUACUAUAAGAAAACAUCGACUUAACAACUCGAAUGUCAUUAUACCAUAAUCUAAGCUAAGUAUUGGUUUGUUGUAAGGAAUAGAUAAAAGGGCCAAACUUGGGUAAUACAUUGCGACUAGAAGCAAGAGAAAUACAUGCAAUUCUCGUUCUAAAUAAGCGGUAACGUUACUGUUGGAUAUGAUACUUCUGGCUUCCAACAUUCGUUGAUUUGUCCGUAGUUCUAGGAGUUGGAAACUCUUAUGUUUAUUUGUCGACCUUAUUUAAGUCUAGACUUUGAAGUCUUCUAGAAGAGGGCUGUUCCAUUGAAGAUUUAAGGGAAGGAAAAUACAGGAAGUUCUUGGAGUAUAAGGAGACUGAUAAGAAACGCUGAUGUUGGAAAAUAUUACGGAAAAGAAACGGCCCCUUCCCAAUGUCUUGUAAUGGGCUGAUCUUAAGCCAUUUCCAAACCUGCAUUUGGCUGCUAAACCAAACUUUUGUACAUUGUUAUUUUAUUUGUGGAAGGAAAUAGAUGUACUUUUCUUUGCUGUGAAUGCUGCUACAUUAAGUCUUGAUACGAUAUUUUGUUGUUGCUGUGUGUUAUAUAGGCACAUGUACACACACAAGUCUCAAUUAUAGUAUUAUUAUGGACCUUAUUUUAUGAUAAGUUCAUGUUGAAAUGUUUUUUCUAAUUGAUAACCACAAGUGUUUAUGUACAUUGAUUUGUAAUAAAAAAUAUCCACACAAUGAACUGUU